GCACCUCGGGAGGAGAACACGGGAUCAAUAACAGGAGGAACCAAACAAACACACAAAAAGACGCAUCAGAUGAUUUUAUGCGCGAGCGGCUGAAAGUGGUUUUCUUCUCCCCGCAGCAGCGUCCAAAGUGCCUUCAGCUCUCCGUCCGGCGCGAACAUGCCCAGAGGAUUUUUGGUGAAAAGGAACAAGAAAACCAACCCGGUGUCCUACCGGGUCCGCUCCGACGACGAGGAAGCGGAGCAAACAGCGGCUGAUGCACCGCCGCUGCUGCCGCCCUCCUCCUCCGCUUCAGCGUAUCUGAAUCUUCAGCGUGCUUCCAUCCCGGUGCGCGCACAGACGCCGACGCCCACCUGCGGGGCGGCGGCCACGGCUCCGGAGUCGGAUGCUAAACAUGUGCAGUUUGGAAACCCCGAGGCGGUGUACCAGGCGCUCUACAGCCCCACCCGCCCCGUCAGUCAGGAUCAUGACCGCUCCUACUUCGAGGGGCGCUUCAACCUCGGAUCGCCGGUUUCCGCGGAGUCUUUCCCCACACCAGCAGCGCUCACAGCUUUGGAUCACCUCUUCGCCCCGGUGGACCUGAAAAUCGGCUCCAGUAACAGCAGCCGCACCGAAACCAGCUCUGCAUCCACCGGGACUCUCCCUGCCGCCGCCGCCGCCGGCUCCAAGCGGUCCAACAACGACACCGAGCGCAAAGGCAAACCGCCGUCCAAGAAAACCAAAGCUAUCCGGAAACUGCACUUUGAGGAUGAUGUCACUACAUCUCCGGUUCUUGGGCUCAAGAUUAAAGAGGCGCCGGUGGACCAGAAGCCUCCCAGACCGCAGUCGGCCGGAGGAGACCAUGUCCCCCUGGGGGAGUUUGUGUGCCAGUUGUGCCGGGAAGCGUACGCAGACCCGUUUGCUUUGGCACAGCACAAGUGCUCCAGGAUAGUCCGGGUUGAGUACAGGUGUCCCGAGUGUGACAAAGUGUUCAGCUGCCCGGCCAACCUUGCCUCACACCGGCGGUGGCACAAACCGAAACCGCAGAGCGGAGCGCAAAAUGCGCAGAGCGAGAAAGUGGCAGCGUCCGGAAAGGCAGCCUCAGAUGAAGCUCGGGAUUCUAGUGACAGGGACACACCCAGCCCCGAGCCGUCCGACUCCGGCUCCGAGGACGGACUGUAUGAUUGUAAUCAGUGCGGGAAAAGGUUUAAGCGCCAAGCCUACCUGAGGAAACACCUGGCGUCACAGCACGGCUCCCCAAAAACGGUGGAGGAAGAGGACCCAGCGGCCUGCGAGCAGAGCGCGGCGCCGCUCAACCUGAGCUCCUCCUGCUGCCACCUGUGCCCCGUCUGCGGGGAGAACUUCACCAGCAGAGGCAGCCAGGAGCGGCACAUACGCCUGCUGCACUCCUCACAGGUGUACCCGUGCAAAUACUGCCCCGCCGUCUUCUACAGCUCCCCGGGACUCACCAGGCAUAUCAACAAAUGCCACCCGUCCGAGAACCGGCAGGUCAUCCUGCUGCAGAUGCCGCUUCGCCCCGCCUGCUGAUCCCGAACCGUGGACCUGCAGAUACCAAGAAUCAGAGUCCACCCUCAUUUUUUUUUUAGGAGGAUUUCAGAGUUACACCGCAGAGACAUCUGUAGCCUAAACCACACUGAAGAACAAUUUUCCAAAACAUCACAAGAAAUCUAAUCCAUAAAUGAUCAUAAAAUAAUGAAUAUUUUCUGUGGAGACCGAGAAAUGAAUGGUUGUUUUUGCAGUGUAACUCUUAAGAGUACAUACAGAAAGUCAAGCAUGCCCUCACAUACCCACUGACAUGCAGCUGGCAGGGAAUCAGUGCCUUGCUCGAGGACACUUCAGCAGGCUCUGGGUGUGUGUUUGACCCCUCCUGGCCUAUAACCACCUCCCCCACCCCCACACUUAAAAUUAUCUUCAAAUCUGUUUUAAAAAAAAAAACGUUAGACUGUUGAUUUAUUUUUCUAGCAUCUCUGCACAAGUGCUAUUAGCUCCUAGACCUAAGAGAGGGGACGACCUGUAGCGGAUAAAAAGCAGACUUCACAGGCCUGAACAGACCUUAUCUCAUCACUCUGAUUAGCUUUAACAUAGCUCGUGGAUCUGUGGAUCAGUAGCUGUCGCCUGAAAACAAAAGAGAGUAAAACUAGUGUAGCCGGUAAUGCCUUUGGAUUAGAGACUCCUGCUGUAAAACUGCCUUAAACUGACCUGAUUGUUUUUAUUUAUCACUGGCUGAGCAUAUGAUUAUUAUUAUUUUCUACAAAGCGUUCUGUAUUACCAGUAUACAGUAUAUCUAAUCUGUUUUUCUAUUUAUUUAUGUAUUUAUUAAAUUAUUUGUGUAAAUUACUGCUCUGUGUGCUUGAACCUGUGAUCUGUCGCUGUGUUUUUUCAUCAUGUAGCCAAAUCAUUUUUUAUUUCCUUUAACUUAUGUGAGGGCGGCGUGUUCAUGUGGCAUUGUAGCAAUCAAUGAGCCGCUCCCGAAGACAAAACGAAUGCAAUCAUGUUCUUAUUUAAUUUAUUAUUAUCGUCCUUAUUUAUUUUGGUUUUGUUGUAACCCUUAGCUCUUAUACUGCUUUGGAUGUUUCUGCAGUAC